AUGGACACUCUGUACAACAUAUCGUCUGUUUUGGUGGUACAUCGUUUCAGUCUAUCCCCUGAGACUGCCUUUCCUGCAUUUCUUUUUGCAACUCUGAGCUACAUGAUCAUACUUUUCAGCAACCUUUUUCUGAUCCUCACCAUCGUACUGAACAAAUCUCUGCAUCAGCCCAUGUAUCUAAUACUGCUGAACCUUCCCCUCAACGACCUCAUAGGCUCCUCAGCUCUCUUACCACAGGUCAUGACACAAAUACUGACAAACAGCACCACGAUGCCACACUCGGCAUGCGUUGCCCAAGCCUUCUUUAUCCACAUCUAUGCAGCAGGGACAGUGUUCAUUCUCAGUGCUAUGGCGUAUGAUAGGUACAAUGCCAUAUGUUGUCCUUUGAAAUACAAUGCAGUUAUGACAAAUGCUCACGUUAUGAGAAUAAUCACAGUUGUGUGGAUGGGCACUCUGGUUUUAACGGGUGUGCUUUUUAUCCUGCUGUUGCGUUUACCCCGCUGUCGAUCUGAGCUGACACACCCCUACUGCGACAAUCCAAGUUUGCUGGCUCUGGUCUGUGCCGACACGACCGUCAACAACAUUUACGGGCUUUUCACAGUCGCUCUGACACAAGUCAUAGCUAACGGGAUGAUCUUGUACACAUAUCUCCAGAUCCUCAUCACAUGCUUCAGGUCCAAACGAUCAGACACAAAAUCCAAAGCUCUGCAGACGUGUGCCACACAUCUAGCUGUUUUUCUCCUGUUGGAGUGUCUGGGUCUUUUCACCAUCAUAUCAUACAGAAUUAAGAACAUUUCGCCACAUUUGAGGAGAUUCAUGGGGAUGUCCACGUUAAUCUUCCCUCCGACGUUUAACCCAAUCAUCUACGGACUGAAAACAAAAGAAAUUCGAGAGAAAAUGCAGCACUUUUUAAGGAAUAAAAUCCUUCCACCUUUAUGA